ACAUUUCCACAUCUAGUUACCUUUCUAGUGAAAAUGUUGGUACAGCUUAUUUGUCCUAGAAGUAUAAAACUAAAAUUUUAGGAAGUGACUCUUCCAUUUUCAUCGUUGCAGUCGAGAUGUCGCACAGAAAAUUUAGUGCACCCCGCCAUGGAUCUAUGGGAUUCUAUCCCAAAAAAAGAUCUCAACGUCAUCGUGGUAAAGUUAAGGCUUUCCCCAAAGAUGAUCCGAGCAAACCUGUACAUUUAACGGCUUUUGUUGGUUACAAAGCUGGUAUGACUCACGUAGUCAGGGAAGCUGAUCGUCCUGGAUCAAAGGUAAAUAAGAAAGAAAUUGUGGAAGCAGUUACCAUUUUAGAAGCACCACCUAUGAUUGUAGUUGGUGUUGUUGGGUAUAUUGAAACUCCACAUGGAUUACGUGCCCUGACUACAGUAUGGGCGGAACAUUUGUCGGAAGAUUGUCGUAGAAGAUUUUAUAAAAACUGGUAUAAGAGCAAAAAGAAGGCAUUUACAAAGGCUUCCAAGAAAUGGCAAGAUGAUCUUGGCCGUAAAUCUAUUGAAAGUGACUUUGCAAAGAUUAUUAAGUACUGCAAAGUCGUGCGAAUUGUUGCUCACACACAGAUGAAAUUGUUGAGGCAACGUCAAAAGAAAGCCCAUAUAAUGGAAAUUCAACUAAAUGGUGGAACUAUUGAAGACAAAGUUCAAUGGGCUCGUGAACAUUUAGAAAAACCAGUUCCUGUCAAUAACGUCUUUGCUCCAGACGAAAUGAUAGAUGUGAUUGGCGUCACGAAAGGAAAAGGAUACAAAGGUGUUACAUCACGUUGGCAUACAAAAAAGUUGCCACGUAAGACUCACAAAGGUCUAAGAAAAGUUGCUUGUAUUGGAGCAUGGCAUCCAAGCCGUGUCUCUUUCACUGUUGCCCGUGCUGGUCAAAAGGGUUACCAUCAUCGUACAGAAAUGAACAAGAAAAUCUACAGAAUUGGACAAGGAAUUCACACUAAGGAUGGCAAGAUCGUGAAGAACAACGCAUCUACAGAAUACGAUCUUACUGAAAAAACUAUCACUCCUAUGGGAGGUUUCCCUCACUAUGGUGAAGUGAAUAAUGACUUCAUUAUGAUAAAAGGUUGUUGUAUGGGACCAAAAAAGCGUGUGAUAACAUUGCGCAAGUCUUUACUGGUACACACUAAACGUUCAGCGUUGGAAAAGAUCAAUCUUAAAUUCAUCGAUACCAGCUCCAAAUUUGGACAUGGUCGUUUCCAAACUGCUGCUGAUAAGGCUUCGUUUAUGGGUCAACUUAAAAAAGACCGUAUUCGUGAGGAACAGGCACAAGCUACUACCUCAGCACCAUCAGCUACAAGUGCUUAAUGGAGCACGUUACAUACUCAAAUCUGUACGCAAUGGGAAAAUAAAAAAUUAUAUGAGAAAUUUCUCACCGACUUUUAAUUUCAUUGUAAUUGAAAAAUCAUAUUUUCUUUUCAAAAUACUUUUAGAAUUUUUGAAAAGAGUGAUAACCAAAUGUACAAAAUAUUUUUUUAUACAUAUAAUGUAUAUCUUGUGUUACGUAUUAUUUAAUUUUUUUGUAUUAAAUUAAUUGCAUAUAAUUGUAUUUGUAUAUAGGAUUAUGAAAUUGUGGUACAUUUGUAAAAAGCUAACUUUAAUGCAAAAGAAUACAAAUACAAUUCAUUCUAUUAUAAAAAUUUUGAUAUAUUCGGUAUUAAAUUAUUUACUUGAGUGGAGAUCUAAGUCAUUUACGUAAUAUAAACCAUCGAAGACAUCAAUUCCAGCGUUAGCAGAUCGUAAGAAUUUUAACCCUUUUCGGACGAAAAGAUUCAAAGUCAAUCGUACCGUGAGGCCGAACUGCUGGCACGGUAGUCAUUUAACACGUUGACUGCCAUGACACCCGUAUUCAGGUGUCAGCAAAGCAUUCCUGGUUAGGCCACGUAACCCAUAUUCCCGUGUCGCUUAUUUCACUACUUACGAAGGAUUGUCGUAGGUAUUUGAAAAGAUAUUCCAUAAUAAUAAAACUGUUGAAUUGUUAUAAAAGUAAUACGAAAAUGAUUUAUUAAAAAAUUAUUUAGAAUGUAAAACUUUAAAGCAUUCCAUACAUAACUGAGGUUGGUCGGGACAAUUUGAACAAUAAGUUGUUAUUUUCUUCCAAUUCUUUUGUGCCUUUGUUCGGUCCAUUCGACGUCUUUUAUUUGCAUAACAUAGUUUGCACGCGCGUCUAAUGCUUCUUCCGCAAUCAUUUUUCCGAACGGCGAUAUUAUGCUGACUCCGUCGAAGACAAGGAUUUUUUGUAUAUUCAGACAACUCUAAUAAUCUUGCAACUAAUAAUUAUCUAAAUAUUCUAAUAUUUAUAUUCUUCCUUGUUGUAAUUUUGUAAACCGUCAAAGCGUUUACAACAGAAAUUCCCAGAAGGAGUUGAAUGCCAAGUUUUCUGUACCAUUUGAUUCUUUUUCUAAUUGUGGUGGCAUAAAAAACCAUUUGGUCGGAAUAAUCUAUACUUUUCUUCAUUAUAUUCAACAACAGUGGUUUUAAUGUUGCGAACAAACGAAACAAAAGAUCAUUCUUGAAACCACCACAUGAGCGACUUGCAUUAUUAAAAUAUCGAUGGGAGCACCUAGCAGAGAACGCUUAGUAUUGCUGCACGCGUGGCCUGACGGAGAUUUCUUUAAAAACACGCGUGGCAGUCAACGUGUUAAGAUGCGCACAUUUCUGCGUAGAUACGCUUUUCGUUUAUAGAUGUCAAAUUCUAGAUACAUAUAUGCACAGAUUCUCCACAAGAUAAAUAAAAUGAUACAUAUGAGUCUCUUGGUUGUAUUAAUUGCUUUCGCUGAACGCAUAUAUUCUCAGUCAAAUUGAUGCCUUACACAGAACGCAUAUAUGUGGUGGUAGUCCGCAAAGUUUCAUCCUGCAGCGAUAAAAGUGAAUAUGAUGGAAUCAAAUGGAACUAAUCGCAAAUUGAAUAAUGCUCAGGUUAAUUUAAUGCAUGUUGCUAGAGAGUGUUAAAAUGCUCCUGAUGAAAAACUCAAUCUAUUAGAAAAUUUGCUGAUAUACAUGGAAGCCCAGCAGUUGUGAUUUUAAUAUCUAUCUUAGUUCGAAAAUUUCCGUAAAAUUUCAAAAAGAAAAAACAAGUUACUUUCAGCAAAUUCAAGGUAAU